CAUGGCGGGUGUUCGCAAGCUGACGAAGCUUUUAAAAUCGCAGUUGUUGCAUUUUCCAAGAAAAUCUCACCCUUUAGGAGCCUCUCGAACUGCUGCAUUUCAAAUAUUUGGUAGAUGUGCUUCAACACUGACAUUUGUUCCUGAUUUUCCUUCACCUCUCUAUGGAGAAACUCAAAAAAUGAAUUUGUUUCAGUCUUUAACAAAUGCAAUGGAUAUCAUUCUUGAUUCAGAUCCAACUUCAGUUGUAUUUGGAGAGGAUGUGGCAUUUGGUGGAGUUUUUAGAUGUACAGUUGGUCUAAAGGACAAAUAUGGAAAAGACAGAGUCUUCAAUACACCACUCAGUGAACAAGGAAUUGUUGGUUUUGGAAUUGGAAUGGCUGCAGCAGGUGCUACAGCUAUAGCUGAGAUUCAGUUUGCUGAUUAUAUUUUCCCAGCAUUUGAUCAGCUAGUGAAUGAAGCUGCAAAGUUCAGGUAUCGAUCAGGAAAUCUUUUCAACUGUGGAAGCCUAACUGUACGAGCACCAUGUGGAGCAGUUGGCCAUGGGGCUCAUUAUCAUUCACAGUCUGUGGAAAGUUUCUUUGCUCAUGUUCCAGGAUUAAAGGUUGUCGUACCAAGGGGGCCAAUACAAGCAAAAGGACUCCUUCUCUCUUCUAUCAGAGACAAAAAUCCAGUCAUAUUUUUUGAACCUAAGAUCUUGUACAGACAGGCAGUUGAAGAAGUGCCUGUGGGAGACUAUGAAAUCCCACUCUCUGAGGCAGAAAUUCUAGAAGAAGGUUCGGAUGUGACAGUAGUAGGGUGGGGCACACAGAUCCAUGUCUUGCGAGAUGUCUGUAAAAUGGCAAAAGAUCAGCUUGGAGUGAGUUGUGAACUUAUUGAUCUCAGGACAAUUCUUCCUUGGGAUGAAGACACUGUCCUUAAGUCUGUGAUGAAGACUGGUAAUGUGGAAUAA